GACUUUCCUCUUUGAUCGGAGAUUCGGAGUAGUUUUGCAGCACAAGUUUUUGUUGCGCGUUUAUGAUGUUUAUCCAAGGGAUUUCUUCCAGUACAGUACUUUGUUUUGGUUACUUUGUCUUUUUGCUUUGUCUCUUUGUUUUGGAUUUGAUUUCUUGCAGAUCUGAGCUCAGUUGUUUGGAUUGCUGCUAGUUUGGCCUUCAUGGAUUCGGAUUGAUUUCUGUAGAGCCAGCUCAGUAUAUUUGUCUUCCUGACUGACUUGUGACUUGUCAUUUCCUACUAGAAAUCAAAGAAAUGGGUCUUGUGAUUUUUGAAAACUGGGAUUCUGGACAUAAGUAAAAACUUUGCAGUGAAGCUUUCCUUCGUGUGCUUAAUUGAUUAGCAGAUCACAUGUCUACGACUUCUCCAGUGGAAGUUAAAGGGCGAUUUCAUGUGAUCGAUCGUAAUCUCCGCUGACUGCAUAAAAAUACACGCCACCGUUCGUCGACGUCAGACCGUGUGUUGUUGGACUGGUGGUGCCACGAGGAGCCACGUUGUGAUUUUUUAAUCAGGAAGCACACCGUGUCGUCACUUAAACCGCCAUCAUGUCGGGAGCGAUGCCCCAGCAUUACCACAUCCCCGACAGUCGUCGGGGAGUCGGAUGGGACGAGUCCAAUGUGCUCCUGCAGGGAUCGCGCCUCCUCCAGCCGCUGUCUGACCAGUUCGGUAUUGAACUGGAUCAGAUAAAUUUCCUGUUUUGUGAAAUCCUGGGCAUAGUUGCGGGCACAGCUAUCCGAUUAUGGCUGCCCGCGUACAAGGCGUUUCCUUCCGUGCGGACGUAUCGGUUAUUAGCAUGCGGAUUACUGGGCGCCUUCAUGGCAUUCUUCUGCUUCGGGAUACGAUCGCUGUAUUUAUUGGCUGUAACGACGAUAUGCUAUUACAUCACGCGACUUGCCAAUCCGCGGUACGCGCAGCUGAUCGUGUUUGUUGUGGCCGUGGGAUAUUUAUCAUAUCUCCAUAUUUAUCGAAUGAUGAAGGACUACGGUGGAUAUAAUUUGGAUAUUACCAUGGUGAUUUUGAACAGGCCGAUGAUGGUGAUUGUCCAGAAGAUAACGGCCUAUGCCUUCGCUGUGCACGAUGGUGGGAAGGAUCCCGCCAGACUCAAGCUGCCCGAUCAGCCUCGGCAUGCCAUUAGAACUCCUCCCAAUUACUGGGAGUUCCUUUCCUAUGUCUUUAGCUUCCAGUCCCUAUUAUGCGGACCUUUCUGUUUUUACGAUGAAUACAUGGACUUCAUCGAGGGUAACAGUAUUGAGCCCAGUUCGUACAAGAAAACGGAGGAUGCCGUCAAGAAAGCGCCGACCUUGUCGGAAGGCGGCAAAGCCGGUCAGUCCACGGAGCAGGUGACGGAAGCCGAGAUGCUGCCCCCGCCUCAGUACCAUCCAUCCCCAUUGUGGCCGGUGACAAAGAAAGUGCUGGCUGCCGUUUUCCUCUGCUAUUUGCACAUCAUGCUCGUGCCGGGUGUGCCGUUGGAUUUGUUGACUGAGGAAAGCAGUUUGAGUAAAUUGUCUGUGAUCCAGUUGAUGUUUUAUCUGCUCAUCGGGACUACCUUUGUCAGAUUCAAGUAUUAUGUGGCGUGGCUUCUGUCGGAUGCCGUGGCCAACGCUUCCGGCUUGGGUUUUAAUGGAUACGACGAGCUGGGGAAACCCAAGUUUGAUUUGGUUAGCAAUGUGGAUAUCAUUGAGUUUGAGUUCAGCCAGAAUAUGCGCAGUGCGUUGAUCGCAUGGAACAGCUGUACUGCCCGCUGGUUGCGAUAUGUCGCCUACGAUCGGGCCCGUUUCUUGCCCAUGAUGGCAACCUACACGUUGUCCGCUUUUUGGCACGGUUUCUAUCCGGGAUACUAUGUUACCUUCAUUUCCGGAGCGCUGUUCACGGAAGCGGCCAGAUGGGCUCGCCGAGUUUUUCGUCCACACUUUCAGAAAUGGAAAAUCUCUCGCGUUGUGUAUGAUUUUAUGACUUUCCUAACGACACGCCUCUGCUUAGCCUAUGUUACGUUCCCUUUCGUGCUUUUGGAAUUCAGAUAUGCUUGGAUCAUUUACAAAGCUCUGUAUUUCCAUUUUCACGUUUUGGCGCUUCUGGCGGUGUUCGUGCUGCCGUUUUUCCUUAAAUCAGAACGGAAACCGGUUAAAGAUUUGGGAUCCCAAAAGAAAUCAGACGGCGACGCACCGAAAUCGCCCAGUUCAGACCGGUUGAAACCUGAGCAAGGGGACGAAGGAGUGCGACACAGGAAUUUGUCGCCGGCCGGAACAGUCACCGGACCGGGAUUAGAAGCGGCACCCAGCACCCAUAAAGAUGUACAGUUUGCUAAUAAACCUGCCACCGGAUAAACAUGCUGCCAAGAUGCGUGUGCAUUACGCAAUGCGGCAUGCUUGUGCAGAUUUCUGUGUUUGUUUCUUUUUUUGGCACUGAAAAAACGUGGUUUUCCCUGCAGAUUGGGGAUUUUGUAUGCGCUGGAAAAGCCCGAUUUUUGUCGGGGAAUUUUGUUGUUUUUUGUUUCGCUUUUGUUCAUUAAAUAUUAACCAGUUUACGUUUACAAACAAAACUGAAAAACCAUGAGAAA